AUGUCGGACUUGCAGUAUAACUCUCGGCGGUCAGCUGUCGUGUGCUGUAAUGGCUGUGUGGCUAGUAGUCAGCCAUUGGCCAGUCAGGUGGGGACAGAUAUUCUGAAAGCAGGAGGAAAUGCUGCCGACGCAGCGGUUGCCAUGGCAGCAGUCCUCAAUGUGACAGAGCCGUGUUCCACAGGUAUCGGUGGCGACGCCUUCUGUCUCUUCUACGACGCCAAAAGUAAACAAGUAAAAGCUGUUAAUGGCAGUGGCAGAGCUCCUGCUGCGCUGACCCUUGACCUUCUUCACAAACAAGGAUUCAGCUCUUCUAGUCCUUUCCCUGUGCAACACGGUCACGCGGUCACGGUUCCUGGUGCAGCAGCAGCAUGGGUUGACACGGUCGACCGAUUCGGAAGUGGAAAGUUGAGUUUGACACAGAUACUACAGCCCGCAGUGGACCUGGCAGAAAAUGGUUACCCCGUCCAACAGAUUACGGCUCUGCUGUGGAACAAAGGCGCCGAAUCCUUACUUACUCCUAAGAAUGAUCAUGGCCGUGACUUACUUGUUAAUGGUCGGGCUCCGACGUACGGAGAAGUGAUACGACUACCUUACCUCGCUCAGACGUUCAGGGAAUUAGGUACUCAUGGUAAAAAGGGCUUUUAUGAAGGGAGGAUAGCAAAAGCCAUUGUCGCUGCUGUUGAGAAGUUUGGUGGUGUCAUGACAGCUGACGAUUUACAGAAUCACGUGACGACAUUCGAAGAUCCAAUCAGCACUGACUACCGGGGAUAUCGUUUAUGGGAAAUUCCUCCUAAUGGCCAUGGCAUGGCGGCUCUGAUCGCUCUCAACGUCUUGGAGACUUACGAUCUAAAACAACUUGGUGCCAAUUCUGCAGAGUACCUUCAUCUUGUGAUUGAAGCGUUAAAACUGGGAUUUUCGGAUACAACUUGGUACUGUGCUGAUCCUACCAAAGUUGAUGUACCGCUAUCUACGUUAUUGUCUAAAGAGUACGCAACAAAGAGAAGACAACUCGUAACAAACAACAGGGCUAUGAAGAACGUACAGAAGGGUGACUUAAAUAUCGGCCCCGACACUGUAUACUUUACUACAGCAGAUUCCGAAGGCAAUGCGUGCUCUUUCAUCAACAGUAAUUUCAUGGGGUUCGGAUCGGCCAUCGUUCCUGAGGGGUGCGGGUUUACUUUACAGAACCGUGGCAGUGGGUUUUCAUUGGACACUGUACAUCCGAAUGUGAUCGCACCUGGUAAACGUCCGUACCACACCAUUAUCCCGGCAAUGGUGACUGAUUCCAACACAGGAGAUUUGGUGAUGAGUUACGGUGUAAUGGGAGGUUACAUGCAACCUCAAGGCCAUGUACAGGUGUUACUUAACAUGCUGGAAUUUGGGAUGAAUCCACAGCAGGCUUUAGACCAACCACGAAUUUGCAUUGGCGGAGGAUAUGGGUACGAUGAGAGCUACGUAUCUGUGGAGGACGGGAUACCUACCGAGGCUGUCGAAGGCUUGGUUGAUAAAGGUCAUUCAGUGCGGGGUCCAUUAGUUGCUGCAGACCGAACUCUUUUCGGGAAAGGACAAGCCAUCGCUGUUGGCAAUUUUUGGGACCAGUCUGACAACUCCGCUCAGCGAAAAGCUGAAUGUAUAUAUUGGUGUGGAUCGGAUCCAAGGGCUGACGGAUUGGCAAUAGGUUUUUGA